AUGAAAUUCUUGUCUUCUUUACUGGUGUCUUUAUUGACAGUUUUAUCUGUUACUUCUGCGACUGCUAGUACAUCUAAAAAGGUUGGUUUAACUGUAUAUGAAUUAGGAUCUAGUUCAUCAUCAUCAUCGUCAUCAUCAGCUCCUGUGUUCAAUCAACAUGAAUCUUUAUUAUACUUGGUUGAUAAAUUUGAUAUUUCUGAUCAUUUCAAAUUAGGUGAUUUACAUAAAAAUGAAGAAUUAAUUAAAUUUAUUGAUAAUCAACAUUCAUCAGACCAAUCUCAAACUAAACCUAAUUUAAUGGUUUUAGUUAGAGGUUCUGAACUUAAUGAAGAAUUCAUAACUGAUUUAAUACCAACUUUUGAAAUAAGUGGAUCAUUUAAAGAUUCUUAUCAUUUAAUAUUUAAUAAAUUACCAAAAUUACUUAAAAAAUUCACUCAUCAUCAACAUAAACAACAUAAACAUCAUGAUAAACAUCAUGAUCAAGAUAGUAAAGUGAUUGAAUUAACUAAUGAAAUCAAAUUAGUUAGUGCUAAUCCUGAAGAUAAAGCAUCUUUAAUUAAUCAUUUUAAAUUCUUUAAUGAUCAAUUAAUUCAAAUUUGGAAAUCAUUUUCAAGAGGAGGUAACAACGACAAUGGCAAUCAAAUCAUUUUAAAUUCAAAGAGAAACAAUCAAUUGAAUUUAAUCAAUGAUAAGAUGUUCAUUAAUGAAUUAUCCCAAUUGAUUCAUUUAAAUGAAGUUAAAGUUGAUGAUAAAGAUAUUUUAUUUGUGGAAUUAAAUUCAUUAAUUUCAAUUUCUAAAAAGAUUGGUCAAGAUUCUCAAACUUUUAAAUUUAGUGGUAAAAUCUUGAAAGAUUAUUUAAAGAUUUUAUCAACUAAAUUUAAUGUUUCAAUUUUUGUUCCAUCAGUUUCAUCAAAUUAUAAAGAUUCAACUAAAUUUAAUCAAAAUUUAUAUAAGAGAAAUUAUGAAUUAAAUAAAUUAUUCUCUAUUCAAAAGAAGAGAGAAUCAGGUUCAGGUCAAGUGUUUUACGCUUCUGAAGAAGCAUGUGAAGUCAAUACCAACAAUUGUUCAGGUCAUGGUAAAUGUACUCAAAACAGUAAAUCUUCAAACAAUUGGUUAUGUUCAUGUUCUUCAACUUUCAAUAAAGAAGCUCAAAAGACCACGGUUUGGACCGGUUAUAAUUGUGGUAAACAAGAUAUAAGUGCUCAAGCCAAUCUUUUCCUUUGGUCAAGUGUUGCAUUAUUGGCAGUAUUAAUAGGAGGUAUUCAAUUACUUAUAAGUGUUGGAAAUGAACCAUUACCUGGAGUUUUGGAUGCUGUUGCAGCUCCAAAGAAGUCACUUUGA